ACUCUCGAUCUCCUCCAUUCAUUGCCACCAUCACCUUCUUUCUCCCAUAAAUACCCAUCACCUCCUCCCUGAAACAGAUCACUCCACAACCAUGUCUUCUUCUUCUUCUUCUUCUUCUUCUUCGCUGCAGUGGCUGACCUUGAUUGCGACCAUAUGGCUCCAAACGUUCAACGGUGCAAACACCGACUUCCCGGUCUACUCCUCCGAGCUGAAGGAGCUCAAGAGGGUCUCCCAAGUGGGCAUCAACUUUCUAGCUUUUGCCUCCGACGCCGGGAAGCUCUUCGGCUGGGUCGCCGGCGUCGCCGCGAUCUAUCUCCCCCUGUGGCUGGUCGCCGUUGUCGGCGCAGCUCUGGGGCUGGUCGGCUACGGCCUGCAGUUCCUCUUCCUCGAGCACCCGCACUUCUCCUACUCCCACAUCUUCCUGCUCACCGCCCUGGCCGGGAAUGGCAUUUGCUGGAUCAACACCGCCUGCUACCUCAUCUGCAUCAGAAACUUCUCCUCCCACAGCCGCAUCGCCGUCGGCCUCUCCACCAGCUACGUCGGCUUGAGCGCCAAGGUCUACACCGUUCUCGCCAGCGCGGUGUUCAACGGCAAGUCUCGACACACCGUUAAGCAGUACCUCCUCCUCAACGCGAUCGUCCCGGUUCUGGUCGCCGCCGUCGUCGCGCCAUUCGUCCGGGUGGUUCUGAGCCAGAAUGCCAUCCGAUCAAGCCUCGGCUUCGUGGUCAUGUUCGUCAUCACGUUCACGACCGGGAUUUCCGCUGUGGUCGGCAGCAUCAGCUCGACCUCCCACGGUGUCCUCACGAGAGAGUACGCGUUGAGCCUGGGGGUGCUCCUGGCGUCGCCAUUGGUGGUGCCAGUAACCAUGAAGCUGAGGGAAGUCAUAGACGAGGUGUGGUGGAACAAGAAGGAGAACAAAGUUCACGUUCUUGCAGCCGAUGACGUCGAAGCUGGCGAGGGAGGCAGAGAGGCAGUGGUCGAGGAGCUUCAGGCCGUGAAGGAAGAGAUGGUGGAAGGUGGAGAAGAGGAGCCAGAGGAAGUGGGAGGUCUUCUAAUCCUAAGGAAGGUGGACUUCUGGUUGUACUUCUUCAGCUACUUGUUCAGCGCGACGCUGGGACUCGUCUUCCUCAACAACCUCGGUCAGAUUGCAGAGUCUCGUGGACUUCUACCAGAAGAGACUUCCACCUUGGUCUCCUUGUCGUCUUCCUUCGGCUUCUUCGGUCGCCUCCUGCCAUUCCUCUUUGACUACUACUCCUCCAAGAGGAACUGCAUGAUAUCGAGGCCAGCAUCCAUGGCGGCAAUGAUGGCCCCGAUGGCAGCAGCCUUCUUCAUGCUGGUCAACCCAAGCAGACUGUGCCUGUACAUGAGCACCGCAGUGAUCGGAGCAUUCACAGGGGCGAUCACGUCCAUCGCCGUCUCCGCCACCACCGAGAUGUUCGGCACCAAGCACUUCAGCGUCAACCACAACAUCGUCGUCACCAACAUUCCCGCGGGUUCCUUCGUCUUCGGCUACCUCGCGGCCAUUCUUUACCAGAGAGGAGCGACGGGAGGCAGCCAUAGCUGCAGAGGGACCGCAUGCUACGAGACCACCUUCGUCCUAUGGGGCACCACUUGCUCCAUGGCUUCUAUUCUCUGCACCGCCCUGUACAUAAGAAGGCGCAGGUUUUGCUGAAGACAUGGCAUGGCAUCAGGAGCAACAGCUAAUUCUUCUUCAGGCCAUUUUCUUGUGGCCACAGCUCGAGUUCAUGCAGAGCUACAGAGUGACUGUGAAACUUGCUCUUGGUUUUAACGUGGAGCAUAACUCCAGAGUUAGCGUAUUCCAUUUAGUUGCAGUGUUGCUCUGUGUUAGACACUAAACAUACUAAAUAAAACGAAGUUGGAUUAGAUCGA